AUGCCGAGCAUUGUUAUCUUCUACUGUCUUUUUCUAGGUAAUUAUGAUGAUAUUCGACGAUGGAAUGGUGCACCGAUUUAUUCAAAUUUACUACCUGAAACAUAUUCGUCGGAGAAGACAAAGACUAGAUCUGAAGAAAUCGAAUACAAUUCAAAAAAUCUCCCAUCAUCACCAGCAAGCGAGAAGAAUGAUGAACAUCGAACAGUACAUGCUCAUCAUUUAUUCUAUGCUGAUAUAAAACAUACAUUUAUUCGAUUUCUUCGCGAAACGCCGGUGUAA